ACCUGAAAGUUGCGACGUAAAACUUUUUUUCUUUUAUCUAUUCUUUUCAACCCACCCAGUAUAUAGAAUGUAAAUCUUCUCUCAGAAGUGUAUGGUAGAGCUAAAGAAGAAGACAACUAACCAAGGGUCGUCUGAAAUUGUGAUUGGCUCACUAAUAACCCCAGGACAAAGUUAGAGAGCACUACUCAAGCAUAAGACUACUACAAAGAUGUUUGAUAUAAAGGCUUGGGCUGAGUAUAUUGUGGAAUGGGCUGCAAAGGACCCAUAUGGCUUCCUUACAACAGUUAUUUUGGCCCUUACUCCGUUGUUUCUAGCAAGUGCCGUACUCUCCUGGAAAUUGGCCAAGAUGAUUGAGGCCAGGGAAAAGGAGCAAAAGAAAAAACAAAAACGUCAAGAAAAUAUUGCAAAAGCUAAACGACUAAAAAAGGAUUGAAGAAAUGAACAGCUGCUUGCAACUAGAAGAAAAUCAUUUGGAUAAUUGUGAAAACAAUUUGGAAGGACCCACUAAGGUUUCUUCUCUGGAUUUUAUGACAGUAGUAUUUAGUAAACGAAGUCUGAGCUUAUGAAAGAAUCAUGUUCUGACCUCUUAAGGUACUGUAGCAACUUUUAGGCUUUGGUGUAAAAGUCUGUUGACAGUUCUUGUAAAUUGGCAUUUAUCAUGCUACAAAUUCUGUAUAGCUGACUUAGUCAUUUGCCAUUUUGCAGCUUACAUACUGAAAUGAAAACAGCCUGUGGAGAAAAAUGACUUUUGAUUAUGAACUCCAUUCAAAUAAUGGCUUAAAAUGGGGUCAUGGUCUGGACAAAGGAAAUUAAGAAUGUAAAAAUCAGAAUUAUCUUCUCUGAGUGAAAAGUAUGCUUUAGCUUCAAAGAGAUACAGUACAUUAAUUACAUCUUUUAUCAUUAUUGCUUAUUUCUUGGAAUAGAAUCAUUUCUGGCUUUCUUGAAGCAAAAUAAUAUUGAGUACUUCUAUUUUCUGCAUUUUUCUGAUUUUAGCCUUUAAGAUACUGGUAAUUAUUGGUCAUUCUGCAUUUUUUAAAAUCUAAUUUUAUAAAGAGUUCUCUUAUUAUCUUGACUAUGUAGAAUACCACCUACUGGAUAAAACAGUUCUUGUACUUAUGAACACUGCCAUUUUCUUAAAGAUGACUUGUUGAGUAACACUAUGAUUUAAAGCUUGCAGUAAAAAUGCCAAACCUUGUAGUACCUUGGAACCAGUUUAUUCUUUCUUGUGCUAAGUAGAAAUGUGAAGUAGUUAAAAUGUCUUCUCAGAUAAUUUGCUGAUUAUAUAGAUACCACUUUUGUUUUUUAUUCCAUUCAUUGUUUUAACUCAUAUGGUAGUGAUGUCCUAUACUUUUUGAUCAAACAGGUUUGUGGUAAAAAUUAAAAUUACGAAUUUCUUUUAAGGAACUCUUAAGAGUAACAGUUAAGUCAGAUUUCAUAAGUGGUAAAGAAAGGCUUAAAAUUUGGAAAAAUUUUGUUGGGCAUAGUAGUAAGUGGGUGAAAAAGGUAAAUUAUGUCAAAAUGAGAAUGUGUUAUAAUUAGAAAUAAAGAGCUAAAGGAUAUUUCCUUCAGUUAAGUAGUAUAACUGGAACUUUUUACUAUUAAACAUGGCUUUUAUAAAUGA